UGAACAUGUUGUCUGCAUUGAUCGCCCCCUUCAAGUACAUGACCCCGGUGGCCAACGGCACAGAAGACGAGGACACACUGAGCACCAGCAGUGCUGAGGUCAAGGAGAACCGUAACACAGGAAAUCUGGAGGAUUGCGCCAUUGUUACAUCAGACUGUCAGACACUUUUCUUCACGGAUUCACCCAGGGAUGGGGCUUCUGGCCUCAAAAGAAAGCGGCCUUUGGAGGAGGACAAUAACGGACACUUGCGCAAGUUGCGGCUGUACUGCAAGAAACUUGCAUGGUCUGAUGCACCAAAGAAUGCUCUGGUCCAGUUAAACGAGCUGAGACCGGGCCUACAGUAUCGGAUGGUCUCUCAAACAGGACCGGUCCACGCACCACUCUUUUCCAUCGCAGUAGAAGUCAACGGACUCACAUUCGAGGGUACUGGUCCAACAAAGAAGAAGGCUAAGAUGAAAGCCGCCGAGAUGGCCCUCAAAUCAUUCAUCCAGUUCCCCAAUGCCUCGCAAGCUCAUUUGGCAAUGGGGGGCUUGAGCAGCCCCACAGCCGACUUCACCUCAGACCAGUCCGACUUCCCGGACACUCUUUUUAAAGGUUUCGAGCCUGACGGCUGCCGCUCUGCUGAGAACGAGUUGUUAUCUAGUGCUCUCCGAUUGCGCCACACAUUGGACUUGAUGGUGGUACAGGCCAGGCAAGAAGACCCCUGCGUUCCACCGGUUCCAGUUUCCCCGCCCCAGCCUAGCCCAGUCGUCCUGCUCAAUGACCUGCGGCCUGGCCUGCGAUACGCCUGCUUGUCAGAGCGCGCCCAGGGCAAGCGGGCACACCGCAGCUUCAUCAUGGCAGUUCGAGUGGAUGGCAGGAUAUUCGAGGGCUCGGGUCGCAGUAAGAAGCAGGCAAAGAGGCAGGCGGCCGUGUGCGCCCUGCAGGCACUCUUCAACUUCAGGCUGGCACCUGAGGCGAGAGCGGGACACCGGCCCAGUAGGAUCAAAUGCCCUCAUUUGCCCCAGGAGUUUGCGGACGGGAUCUUCCAGCUGGUGCGAGAGAAAUACAGCGAGCUGGCGGGCUGCUCUUCACUGCUGCACGCGCGACACAAAGGCCUGGCGGGCAUCGUCAUGACCAGAGGUUUGGAUCUGAGACAUGCUCAAGUGGUGGCGCUCUCCUCCGGUACCAAAUGCAUUAAUGGAGAGUACAUCAGUGACCAGGGGCUGGUGGUCAAUGAUUGCCAUGCAGAAAUCACCACUAGACGAGCACUGCUGCGCUUCCUCUAUUCACAACUAGAGCUCCACCUCAGCAAAAAAGGAAGAGGACUGGAACAAUCGAUCUUCGUACGGCACAAAGAUUCGUGCUUGAGACUGAGAGAGAACGCCUUCCACAUGUACAUCAGCACUUCACCCUGCGGGGACGCCAGAGUCAACUCACCAUGAGAGGUUUUCACUGACUUGCACAGUAACAGACACUUGGUGAAGAAGUUUCACAGUCACCUGAGGACGAAGAUUGAAUCCGGGGAAGGAACGCUGCCCGUCAGGUCUUCCGCUCCGGUCCAGACGUGGGACGGGGUCCUUCAAGGAGAGCGGCUCAUCACCAUGUCCUGCACAGAUAAGAUAUCCAGGUGGAAUGUGCUCGGUCUACAGGGGGCGCUGCUCAGCCAUUUUGUGGAGCCGGUGUAUCUGUACAGCCUGACGGUGGGCAGCCUGAGACACACAGGACACUUCUCCAGGAUGAUGAACCACAGGAUGGAGAAAUCCGGCCCUCUGCCCACCUGUUACCGCCGUAACCAGCCAUUACUCAGUGGCCUGAGCAACAGUGACUGCAGGCAGCAGGGGAAGUCUGUGUGUUACAGUGUCAAUUGGACGGCAGGUGACGCUCAAAUGGAGGUGCUCAACGCAUCUACCGGGAAGAGGAAGGACUCCGCUCCGUCCAGACUUUGCAAGCAUGCACUUUUUGCACGUUGGGUCAGACUGUAUCGCAAGCUGGUGGUCCGUGGGGCGAGUGGUACACUGCUGUACUGCGAAGCGAAGCAGGCGGCCGGCACCUACCAGACUGUGAAGCUGCAGUGGUUGAAGGGUCUACAGGAAGCAGGUUUAGGGACCUGGGUCAGAAAACCUCCCGAGCAGGAAACCUUCACUCUGACUGUAUGAAUGCAGGCCUGACCUCAGGCUUUAUCAUCCCCUCUUCACCAAAACCACCUUCACCUGCCAACCAGUUGCCACAGAAGAUCUUUCACACUCCUGAAGUCAACACCAUCCCACUGCCAAAAAAAAGCUUCAUGGAGAGAUGACAAAAGUUGAGACUAGGGAGUAAACCUUGUUCUGUCAAAAUCUUGCAAAAUUUGGAUUUGUUUCCAUUA